CGGCCCAGGUGCAGCUGAAGGGCGUAUUGAUUGGCGGUGACGACGACCUCACUCUUCAGCUAUCUAGAUUCGUCGAUAGCUUUAGUCCUCAUUCGACUCGCCGGGACUCGAUACGAAGUCCAGCCUCGGCGCUUGACCUAUUCCGCUCGCGUUCACUUUCCGUCCUCGCUCCGCUUCUCGUCUAAGCCUCGUUCUUCAGAGUAGCUAUAUUCUCGUGUCUUUGUCUAGUAUCUGCUUGAGACUUGAAAAAAUAUUCAAGUGACACUACACUCCAAAAAAAACCAACGUCUUCUUAUACUUCCAACAUGGGCUCUGAACUCGUCUCGACCGAUGCCAAGAACAAAUUGGAAGAUUUGUCUGGCAUCACGAUCCUGCCCGGUCAAAAUCCAUAUGAAGCCUUCAUUAAAGCUUGCAAUGAUAACCCAGCGGAGAUCCAGGCUCUCUACCAAGCCCACAGAACGAAGAGAAAUGAGCAGCAGAGGCAAAAGUUCAUUGCUCCUGACUUCAAGGAGCUCAUCAUUGACCCUUUCCUUCUGAGAUUGGAAAAUCCGGAGAUGGAACCGGGUUUCCAGGACCCUCGUAACUGCUUGGUGCUUUGGGCUCGGCCGCCGGAUCACAUCGUGCAACUCUCGGCUUAUCUGCAGUCUUUGCUAAAGAAGGCCGCACCGAGUAUCUGGCUCAUGCCCCAACACCGAAUGCACCUUACAACUCUCGAGGUGACGCACUCCAAGACGCCCCAAGAGAUCAUCACUCUCACGGAUAACAUGCGCUCGGCGAUCCCCUACAUCACGGACUACACCUACUCCCACAGGUCCCGUCUCGUAAGGCCCAUGAUCUCCUACGACCUCUCCGCCUUCGCCGUCUCCUUCCUCCCGGCCUCUGGCGAGCCGCCCCUGAGCCCGCCCCCGGCGCCGACCGCCCAGCAACAGGCCAUCGUGCAGGGGGACGACUACACCUACCACCACCUCCGCCGCGACAUCUUCACCCUCGCGCAGUCGACGGGCGUGCAGAUCGAGUCGAGGUACCAGGUGCCGAGCGCGCACAUCACGCUGGGUCGGUACCUUACGGAGAAGGACCACGAUACGCCCGAGGCGAGGAAGAAGUGGGUUGAGGCCAUUGACGAGAUCAACGCGUGGCUUGAGAAGGAGGUUUGGGACCGUCCGGAUGCCGAAUGGAUUGGGGAAUGGGUUGUUGGGCAGGAAAGGGGUUUGGAUGCCCGUAAUGGGCAGCUGUGGUACGGAGGCGGGAGGACGAUCAAGCUAGGGGAGGGCUUCUGAGACGGAAACCUGGCUGGGCGCCUCGGCGUCUGGGCGUGUUGCAGAAACGAACUCAAGAUCUAGAUGAGGGAUAGACGGCGUGGCAGAGAUGACGCGGCUGAUCUGAUUCACAUUGGACAAAUAGAU